CCCUGAUGGCCAACUGCCCAUCACGGAGGAUGAGCCCUCUGUCAUGGAGGCCCACGACCAGGAAGAAGAUGGUCACUACUGUCCCAGCAAAGAGGGAUGCCAGGACUACUACCCUGCGGAGGCUAACAGGAACACCAGCGCUUCUGCCUACCCCCUGAGGUGCGGGGACGGGGACCUGGAGGACCAGGAGGAGGACAUCGACCAGAUCGUGGCAGAGAUCAAGAUAAGCCUGAGUAUGACCAGCAUCACCAGCACCAGUGAGGCCAGCCCCGAGCAUGGGCCUGAGCCAGGGCCUGCAGGCUCUGCAGAGGCCUGUCCACCCGUCAAGGCCAGCUGCAGACCCAGCAGGCACGAGGUGAGGCCCAAGUCGCUGAACCUCCUUCCCGAGGCCAAGCAGCAUGGAAACCCCCAGAGAGGCUUCAAGCCCAAGACCAGGACCCCAGAAGAGAGGCUGAAGUGGCCCCACGAGCAGAAUGGAACAACAGAAGAAGUGACUUCAGAGGAAGAGGAAGAAGAGGAGAUGGUUGAAGAUAUAGAAGACUUAGAUCACUACGAGAUGAAAGCAGAGCCGAUUAGUGGGAAAAAGUUGGAGGAUGAAGGAAUUGAAAAAGAAAAUUUGGCAAUAUUAGAGAAAAUUAGGAAGACUGAAAGGCAAAACCAUUUAAUUGUGGUUGACCCUGAUAGUCCUUUGUACAGUGAUCUUCAGAUCUUCAAAGAAAAAGAAGGUGUAGGAGAUAUUUUGCUUAACUUAUCUUUUAAGGAAUUGUUGUGGUUGUCAACUGGGUUGUCUUCCUGAAGUAUGAAUCCGGUAUGUAUUGGGUGGAGGAGCAUUAUGUAUUGAACUUCUCACAAAACAGGGCUGAAGCAGUGCCUACUCGACAGAACCAGUCAUCGUACAAAGAAAUGCCACCUGACUCAAAGGCAAAGCCAGAGUGCAGCUUGGAGCAAAGAAGGUA